GGAAGCUGUAGCCGUGAUGAUGGUCAGAAGUUGUAAGCCAUUUGGAAGUAAACCAAAGAAUCAAGGAAGCUAAAGAGAUAGAGCAAAGACUAUAAACGUACAGCUUCGUCUACGCCACACCACUCAAGUCUCGAACAACCCGCAGCAACCACCCUGUCCACAUACCGAUAUACACACCCAAACAUGUCCACAGACUACACCACACGCUGGACCCACCAGCGAGGAAAAAGCCCAGCCCGCGUCGCAAACUGCUCAGGCUACAAAGCUGACCCCGGCUACCACAUGCGCUACCAGGCCGAGCUCGGCGACGUAGACUUCAUCACCGGCGACUACCUCGCCGAAGUCAACAUCGCCGAGAACGCACAAGCGCACGCUGCAGGCACCCAUCCGGGGUGGGAGCAGACGGCCUGGGAUGGGAUCGAGCAGAGCAUCGAUCUUCUGAGCGAGAAGAGAAUCAAGGUUAUUGUUAAUGGCGGGGCGCAUAAUCCGAGGGGGUUGGCGGAGAAGGUUCAGGAGUUGGUUGUAAAUAGGGGCUAUGACUUGAAGGUUGCAUAUGUUCUGGGGGACAAUUUGUUCGAGGAGAUGAAGGACAUUCGUGAGAAGGGAUUACCGCCGCAUUUUGAUUCGAGCAAUAGCCAGGUUACGGUCGCGGAGCAUACGCUGGACUUGCUGGAGAAGGGGGAUAAGCCGAUUGUUAGUGCGAAUGUGUAUCUUGGUGCGAGGGAGAUUGUCAAGGGCCUUGAGAAUGGGGCGGAUAUUAUUAUUGCUGGGAGAGUGGCUGAUGCGAGUCCUGUCAUUGGUGCGGCAUGGUACUGGCACUCAUGGUCUGACACUGACUACGACAAGCUUGCUGGAGCGCUUAUUGCAGGUCAUCUCAUCGAGUGCAGUGGCUACGUGACUGGAUCUAACUUCGCUGGCUUCUACGAGUACCCACUGGACGACCUCUACGACAUCACAUUUGGCAUUGCUGAUAUCGAGAAGGACGGGACUUGUGUCAUCACAAAGCACGACGCGAAGAAGGGAUUCGUCACAGAAGACACAGUGAAGUGUCAAUUUCUGUACGAACUGCAAGGAAACAUCUACCUCAACAGUGACGUUAAAAGUAUACUAGACAACGUGCAUGUCAAAGCAGAAGGCAAAAACCGCGUCCGCGUCUGGGGCAUCAAAGGCGCGCCUCCCCCUCCCACCACAAAACUCGCCAUCUUCUACCGCGCAGGCUUCCAGUCCGAAAUAGUCAUAAACGCCACCGGCUACGGUACCACAGAGAAAUACCUCCUUUGGGAGCGCAUGAUCAGAUUCGGCCUCGCACGUCUCAACCUCCUCGACAAAUUCGACAUCCUAGAAUUCCAACGCAUCGGUGUGCCUGAGCAGAACCCCACAUCACAGCUCCGCAGCACAACAUACCUCCGCGUCUUUGCCGAAGCUGGUGAUGCGAACGUCAAUUUGGGACUUGCGGGCUUACUGACUGAGUUUGCCAUGCAGCAUUACUCGGGCUUUCAUAGUACGAGCGACUUCCGCACGGCAGUGCCAAGACCGUAUAUCUCGUAUUAUCCGGCGUUGUGGCCGCAGAGUGGGUUGAAGACUUCGAUUAAUCUCCUGGGCGGUGGGGAGACGGUAUGUAUCAAGACGACGCCACCGCCGAGGUUUGAAGAUCUGGAGAAGAGACAGAGCUACGAGACAAACAACCCGGUAGACUUAUCAUCUUUUGGCCCGACGACGCAAGCACGGCUCGGUGACAUUGUUCUCGCGCGCUCAGGCGACAAGGGAGGGAAUGCGAAUAUCGGCUUCUUCGUGCCCACCGCAUUACCUUCUGCGUAUCCCACCUCCUCGCCACUGUACGCCGAGACGUGGGAUUGGCUGCGCUCAGUACUCACAGUUCCCAAACUCAAAGAGAUGUUUGGCGAGAGCUGGGAUGACAAGUUCCACGUGGAGAGAGUCGAGUUUCCGGGGAUCUUGGCAGUGCAUUUUGUGGUUUACGGCGUUCUGGGCAGGGGCGUGAGUGGGAGUAGCAGGCUUGAUUCGUUUGCAAAGGGGAUGGGGGAUUGGCUGCGGGACGUGGUGUUUGAUGUGCCGGUGAAGUUCAUCGAGGGCAGGCAGAUGAAGGCGGAAGGAGGGAGAUAUAAGGCCGAUGCAGGGGAGGGGAACUCUUGGUUAGUCGGAAUACCGGGAACUAAGUAGGC